AUGAGCCGUGAGUGUAACCUCAUUGUUGACCAGACCGAGAAGGGGAACAAGGCCACGCCUGUGGGAUCGACAACGGUGCACACGAUCCUCGGGCGCAUAAAGGCAUGCCAGAUGGCGGCGAGGGUGGAGGCAACGCUGUACCGGGAGAAGGAGCUGGGCAUCAUGAGGGAGAUCUCGGUGGUCAGAUCGGAGGUGCGGUUCAACGUCCGCACCAAGAACGAGAGGGACCUCAACAUCCGCGAGAUCACGCUCCCCGACGUCUUCUUGUACCAACUGGCGAGCACCUCGUCGGUGAACCCGGAUAGCCAGCCUGUCGUCAUGGUGAUCGCCGCGCGUAACUCGAAGACUUCCAAGGAUGCCCGUCUUCAGCAGAGCUACGCGGCACGACACCUGGAAGCAGAGUUGUGCGCCGUCGGCGAGACCGGCCUGUGGUUGCACUUCAUCCUCGACAAGAUCGGUCAGUUCUCCGGCGUCGACUUCCUUCCGCCGCUUGACACCACUGAACGCGAACGCUGGUACAAGAAGCAUCUCUUCUUCGCCAAGAACGACAAGGAGCAAGAGGAGCUCUCCGCCGCCAGCCACCAACGUUGGACUCGGCAGAUGUGGACGACCAACAAGGUGUUAUGCAAAAGGAACGUGCACGCCGCGCGCGCUGGAGGUGCGCAGGAGCUAGCCAUCGAAGGGACGCCGCGCGCCGAGAUCGCCGAGCUGGGACACUGGGCUCUCGACAAGAUGACGCGUGCGUACAUCACAGCCAUUCCCGUUGGGGUGGUGAUGAGGAAGGCCGGCUACUCGGGAUUCAAGCAAGACUACUUCUUGGGUCGCAGCAGGGUUGAGCCCUCCGUCAAACUCUUGGACAUCCUCGGCGAGCACAUCUUCCCCGGCGUGGAUGCUACGCUGCGCGAUGCGGAAACGCGUGCUGUCAACGGGAGCGACGCCGACAAAGCCGCCAUGCACUUCUUGCGCACCCUCCUGAUGUUCCGACGCAUCGUCGCCGAGGACCUCGCGGUGAAGCUCGUCCGCACACCGUGGCACCCGUACGUCCAAGGUUCCAAGCUCUGCCGGAUUGCCCUCUUCCAGCACUGGGCGAAGAAGGUCGAGUCAGUCGACACCGAGACGAUCAAAAAGCGCCGGGACCCGACACAGAUUCAGCCAGAGUAUCACAACAUGUCCCUCAAGGAGACGCUGAAGAAGGAGAUGGAGCGCUCCGCGCUCGAGAAGCUCGACCUUCAGGAGAAGAUCGAGAUGCAAAACGACACCAUCGCGUCGCUCACCGCCGAGCUUGCUCGACUCACCGAGGCACUCCGUGUGUCAGAAGCACGGAGAGUGCCGGAGUCUCCGCCGCCGGCGACCGAGCAAGCUCCGAGCGAGGGUGGCUCCGCGGAUUCGGCCAACACGGGAGACGGAGCCAAGAGAGGGGAUGCGAAACCCCCGCCACCCCCUCAGACGGAAGAGGAGGCUAGUUACGAGCUCAACGUGGUGCAACCUUGGAGGGAGGCAAAGACCGUGCGGGACGCUUGGCGCCUCUGGAACUCCGCCUCCGCCAAUGACACCCGUCGUCUUUGCGACAGGGUCGCCGAGCCGGGGUUCAUCGACCGCCACACCCUCCUCAAAGGCGCGACGCAGGGUGCACUCAACAUGAGGGUGCGCCGCAUGCUGAAGGCCAUGGAUGCGGUGCGCCAGCUACGCGCGAGCGACGGCGAUGCCGACACCGAAGCAGUUGUCGAUGUACUGAACAAGAUCGCGGCACCAGGCAUUGGGACCUUCUGCGAUGCCCUCACGGUGCUCAACCCGGGAACGGCACCGACGAAUUCCAAGGAUGGCAUGGGCGUCAAGGGGCUUGCCCCCAAGGUGGUCUCGAAGCUACGCCUCGCCUGUGCGCUGGUGGCGACCGAGCUGAAGCCGAGGACUUGGGUCGCCCGCCUGUUUCCAGACACCUGGGAGGAGCAGAUGCCGAAGACCGAGGCCGACUUGGCCAAGCAGACAGCACCUGCGCAGCGUCCUCCGACGAAGCGCAAGAAAUCGGCAUAA